CUCAACUUCAGUGUUGAAGAGAGUCUCGUCUGUCAGCCGGAGAGCUAUGUGUGUGUGUGCGCGUGUAUGUGUGUGUUUAAAUGAGGGGAGGAGAGUGUGUAUCUGUACGCGUCUGUUUGUGGAUGUUUUUUGUUAAUGAGCAACAGAAAAAAGAGCUCUUCCAUUAUCUGACCAGGACUUGCGUCUCGUGUAACUCUCUCCAGGACCGUAGGACUCAGAUGAGUUACUAACGGACUUUUUGAAUCUGAAUGCAGCUGGAAACACAGUCCGAGCUAAACCUCGAUCGUAAAGAGGAUCAUAAAGACUGUUUUGUUGUUGGUAUCACUGCCGGCUGAUCCACCGUCUUGGACAGCUGGACCAGUGGCCCUGAUCUUCAGUCUAACCCCCAAGUGGGUCACCGCUGAGCUGAUAGAAGAGAUCUGGCCGGUCCUGAUGUGUAAUUUGACCUCGACUGACCUGGUCUAGCAAGCAGCCUUUCACUGAGCCCUGACUGGAAAAAGACGAAAGAUAAAAGAGCAAGACGGUUGAGGAGAAAAGAAGAAAGGGAGAGCAGCAGAACAGCGACUGCUCCUCCAACAUGCCGGUGGAGACUCUGCGCCCCACAGAUGGCCGUCUGGCCGCAGUCCCCUACACGUCAGCCAUGCCCUUUAGGAUACUGAACAAAGGUCCAGACUACUUCCGCCGUCAGACUGAGCCUGGGACUCGCAAACUGAGUGCUGUGGAGCGUUUGGAAGCUGACAAGGCCAAAUAUGUUAAGAGCCAGCAGGUGGUCCUCACCCGUCAGGCCCCCAUCAAACCCCCAACCAUCCGCAAGCCCCUUGUUCCUCCAGGGAUGAUGCUUCAAAGCCACAUCGGCACUCCUCCAGCACGAAAGGUUCCUUGCUACCAAGCUGAUGUGGAGAAUGGUGGAGCCAGGGAGGGGCCGGGAGAGAGGAGACCUGCUCUUAACUUGGAUAUUCUGAAUAAUCUAAUCAAUGAUGUAUGUGAUGGACCAUUACAUUGUUCCCAGUUCUUUUCCUCCACAUCCCCCUCCUCAUCAUCUCCAUCAUCAGGUGUAAAGAGCAUCAGCAGCAGCCUGUCUGCAGAGCAGGAAAAGAGCAAGAGACUCCUGAACAACCUCAAACCUUUACAUCAUGGCAAGAACAACUCUUCAUCCACCUCCUCCCGCACCUCCUCACCACUCAUUAACAAUUUCCAGACUCCUGCAGCGGAACUUGCCCGCCGUCCACCUCCUGUCCCUGCACGGGCCCCUCGUAUUGGAGUUCCCGUGCCCUAUAGCUCCACCAAUUCAGUAACUGUGCGCAGGGUGGAUGUUCGGCCUCAGGCUGAGAUAAGGAAGCCACAGAGGGCCCAGAUGCAGUCUCAGCUGAGGCCCAGACAGACUGCUCAGGGCCAAGUUGCACAUCCUCAGGUUCCAUCUCCACCACCCGCUCCACUCUCUCAGAACCAAUCUCGAACUCUCCCCUCUCCUCCAGCCUUCCAGCCACCUAGUCCAAUGCUGAGCCGAACAGGCAUGAUCCCACCAGCCUCCCCUGCUUUUACACGCAUAUCCAACGCCAGUUCCAAGGGGUCUUCCCGCAAGCACCCAUCCUUGCACCGCUCCAAGUCAGACCUGAGCGACCGCUACUCCCGUGCCACGGCUGACCUGGAGCGUUUUUUCAACUACUGUGGGCUGGACCCAGGGGAGGUGGAGGGGAUGGGCGGAGUGGAGCGUUUUACAAGGGCCAACUCCGACAUUGUGUCCGUCUCCAAACUCCGCAGCGUCAGCACACCCAGUUCGGAAUGUGGGGACGAGAUAGAGCGGAUGAGGGAAGAGAGAGAGGACGACGAGGACGAACCCGCUAGGGCCAACGAACGAGUCCCGUAUGGAAUCUCAGUCAUUGAGAGGAACGCACGAGUCAUCAAGUGGCUGUACGGCAUUCGUCAAGCCAGAGAUGCUAGCAAUGCCAUCUCUAACGUAUAGACUAACACAGACUUGAAAGAACUUGAAAGACAACAUAAGGAAGAGGAAGGGAAGCCUGUUUGUUCAUCUAUUGCCUUACAUUAUAGUUUUCUCUUCUGCUUCCUAUGAAGACUCACUUUUUUUCUUUGGUCUGCAAUAUUUCCAUCUACCUUUGUUUUUUUUGUUGUUGUUGUUUUACUGCAAGUCAGUACGGCAUGGUUAAAUGGACAAUGCAUUAUUCAUUUAUUUUACUUGAUGUUGUCAAAAAUAUUGGUAUACAAAAGCAAUAAUAUGGUGCAAAUUAUGGUAAGGAUGAAGGCAGAGGAUGACUGCAGUUGUACUUCCUCACAUACCCUGUGAUGGACUGGCGACCUGUCCAGGGCUGCCCUGCCUUUCGCCUGCCAAUUGUUGGGCUCAGACCUGACCUGACCUGAAUUGGUUUGGGCGGUAUACAAAAUGGAUGGAUGGACUCCCUCACAUAAAGGUACAGUUUAUGAAUUUGUGUAUGUGGAUGUGUGUGUGUUUGUACCAGACAGCUUGGCAGAGAGCUGCACAGCACAGUGACUGAUGAGCAAGGCAGGGAGGGAACCACAAUAUACUGUGAAAACAUAAAAAAAAAAAAAAAAAAAACCUUUUGGCUGUAGACUGUUAUAAUAAAGAUUUGUGUCAGCAUGCAGGUAAAACGUUUGUAUACAUUUUAUUUGAGGACAUUUUCAUCUCAGUAAACAUAGUCCUCACACUCACAGAUUCACAGCACAGAUGUACUUUCAGGUCAAACGCAGCUGAUACUGUCCAUUUGUCUUACUAACAUUUUCUAGUUGUGUGUGUGUGCGUUUGCAUCCGAAACGCUGUCUCCUGCAUUUUCAGAGAAAUCAGUUUACUUUAUAUGUCUUGGCACAAAUACAAGAGCAAGUCAUAAAAAUGAUGGUGAUCUCACAAGCAGAUGGUUGAGGUAAAAUAUGUUUGACAAAGUUAUUUUUAAAACGUAUGGAAAGAAAAAUCAAAAGGUUGGUUAAAGGAAGACUGAAAAGAAAAUACUUGUGGAUUUAAAAAGGUAUAAAUGUGUCUCAGGAAGAUGGCAUACUAAUAAAAAUGGACCACUAUUUAUUUGGAAAAUGUAACAAUAUAUAUUUUUAAACAAUGCAUACUGAAAUCAAUCUUUGGUCUGAAGUGCAAUUUGAUUGUAUUUACUAUAACUGCAGUAUGCAGUACAUAGGAUCACAUUUAAACACACGCAGAUACAUUCACUGAGUGUUGGAAAAAAGGAAUUCUUCGUGUAGCCUGCUGCUCUCUGUGGGGAGCACUAAAGAAAGUUAGACUUUUGUAUUUAUUUGACUUUCUCUGUCACAGUGGGAAUAAUAGAGUAGGUCUGUCUCCCCUCAAAAACAAGUUCUCCCACCCUCUGCAGCUACUCCCUUUUAAUUGUUCAAAGUUUUCACUAUAAGCAUUGGUCAGGUUUUCCUUUUUAUAUAAAGCUAAGUCAGGUCAGAGGGCUGGAGAAUUCUACAGCAGCGACUGUGAACUAAGUGUGCUGUUUAAUCAGGCACUGAAUGCCCAAAGAGUCUUUAGAUAAGAGAUUCAAAAUGCUUUACUAUUGUGUAUCCUGAAUCAUUAAUAAAAAAAAGUUUGAAUAUG